AUGGAACCAAUAGUUAUUACACCUGUUAGUACAGAGAUACAUGUCGUUGUUUAUGACAUGAAAGUUGUUGAAAUUUUUGAACUCAUUGAAUUUGAUAUGAAUGAAGAAGUUAAACAGUAUAUAAAUGAGAAUUCCGAAAAUCAAAAAGUAUUUGAACAAUAUAUAGAAUCCACCAAAAGUGACUUUAUUGUAGUGAUAGGCGCUUGCGGGAUUCACACAUCAUCCCGCGCAUAA